AGCAGUUUGCAAUGAGGAUUGAGGAAAUAGAGCGAUCUGCUUCAAUAGGUGACGGUCACAACAUCAACACAACAAGUAACGGGACGGGAAACAUGAACGCCUCCCCAUAUUCGAGAUGAGCGGCCUCAGGGCAGUGUUGGCUGGGGUGUGGGAGGAGCUGUGGGUGGAUAUUGGUGAUGGAGUGUGGCUGCUGCUCAACACCCUGGGGCUUGGUCACCUGGUGCUUCACCUUCAGCAGGAGCUGGCUUCCACUUCACCCCACCGGAGAAAAUCCAUUGUCCGUGUUGUAGGCUCGGUUCUUCCUCUGAGGCCUGUUCAGAGGCCCUAUUUGAGAUAUGUGGCACUCAGAAGCCUGAGCACCUCCUGUGACUCUCUCUGCUCAGCACAGAUGCAGGACCCCAUUAAUCCAAAGUGGCUGGCAGACACUGAAAGAGUCAGCAGAUUCAAGCCUAUUUUAUCAAGAUGUGAAACAGUUCCUGAUUUAUUCACACUUCCUAAUGGUGAAGAAACUCCACGAUCCUCCACACCGUUCAGCGUUACCUCAGAUAUUGGCCCUCACCAGCAUCCUAAAGAGCCCGGUACUCUGGGUAACAGCUUCUAUCAGACUGGACUGCAACACUCUGCUAUCCAUGCUGCCUCCCCCUUCACUGACCCUUCAGCUAUGGCUAAAAUAUCUGCCUUAGAGGAAGAACUUCUACUAUUGCGAAAACAGAUUGCAGGUUUGAUGAAUCAAACACACCGUCCUGCUACACCUCCUCCUAGUCCAGUCCCUUCCAUGGCACCUCCUCCUCCACCUCCACUUCCACCACCCCUACCACCCUCCAAAUGUCCUCAUCCUCCACCUCCUCCACCUCCUCCACCUGUACUACCAAUGUCAAAUGGUCAAGACUCCCGGAAAUCCUCAUUUUCUGACUUGAUUGCUCAAAAGAAAGGUGAUAUCAACAAGCAUGUUACACCCUUGGAUGUUCCAGUUAGUAAAACCACUAGCGGUUCCAUGGGAGUGUCCAUGACUGAUGUUCUCAAGGGCCUCAAUAAAGUCAAGUUAAAGAAAGUGUCAAGAUCUCCUGGAGGCACACCAAUUCGAUCAAGGGCUAGGUCUCCUACUCCAGGGGACACUGCUGCCAUUAUUGCUGCAGCCUUAAAGAAACGCUUUGCCAAGAUGCAUGAAGACUCCCCUGAAAAGGAAGUCUGUGAAGAUAACAAUGAGUUCAGCUCAUCACCAGAGACAACGCCAAAGACCAGUCGAAAGAAGCAGGUGGUGGAUGUCCCAAAGCGAAAACUGCUUCAGGAAAAAGAGGUUCCAACUCAAAAUUUCUUGAAGAUGUUGAAAAAAUCCCCUCGAGUAAACAGGCCUGAUCCAGUAAAGGAAGAAAAACCUGCAUCUCCCAUUUUUGGGCAGCACCUCCUCAAGAAGCGUGUGCCACGUCAUCCUGAGUCACGGGAUAGUGUGAGUCCCAGCAGCGAGGCUUCAGACCUUUCUCGCUGAGUGUGCCUGACCAAAUGAGGUAUGUCAUAAUUAUAAGCCAAUAUGUCUUAUAAGCUGUCAAAUACUGUAUAGUUUAUAAAUAACAUUUCAAAGGACCCUUUAAUUUUUGUCAAGAUGUCUCUUUCAUAAGAGAAAUCAGUAGAGCUGAGGAAAGCAGCAUAGCUUUGUCCAUGUAAAGAUUCAGUAAAGGAUAAAGAUAAAGCCAGUGCACACUUGGAAGUACAGCCUUACAAUGUUUUAUUCUGAUGGACUAGCCAACUUUUAGUAGUGGCAACUUGUACCUAUGUAAGACUCAUUGGCAUAUGCUCAAUUUGUCAAUAUCAAACUCUGUGUAAGCAAUAUAUUAACAUAAAACAUACCAUUUAGUAAAAGUUGCUACAAUGAUUUCAUAAACUACAACUGAAAGAAAAUUUGAGAUGCCAUAACACAGGUCUCAAUAGCUUGAGAGAAUUGUGUGUUGCUGCAACAUGCAUUUAGCAGUUAGCAGCACUAAAAUGUUCAAAAUGGGUGUGUUUUACUUGGAGUGGAAGUAACCAAGUUCAAUUAGCUCUUUUAUAUUUUACUGUAAGAAAUGGGUGCUUAAGGUUCCCAAAUCACAAAAUUGUAACAACUACCAAUUUUUUGAGUUAAGAAAUGGAUCUGUAUCUAUUGUGCACUUGUAAUAACUUGUUUGGUACAAGUUGAAUCCUCUUAAUUUUUAGGUGCUAUAUAGGCUCUUUGCUAACACCUUGGAUACCUAAAUAUGACCUAGUCCACGCUUACAGAUGAAGCUGUUAUGUAUGUAGCCCAAUUUUUUUCAUUGAUCAUGAUCAUGAUAUAGAACUGCAUUGCGGAGGUAUGUAUCUCCAAACUAACUACUGCAUUGACUACAAACUGGAUAUUUCUUUCAUUCCAUGUCAAGUAUUAAUGUUGAGCAGAUGCAUUUUCAUAUUGUCUAAAUUAGGAGUUCUUAACCUGGGGGUGCCAGUAAUUUUUAAGGGGGAGUGUGAGCCCUUGUGAUAAAAGGAGAAAUUUCUCUUAAUUAUUUUUCUCAUUUUCUUAUGAGAGCAUGGUUAAGUAAUGAGAAGUUUAUGAAAAAUGUAAAAGUAUUGCUGUUUUCUUUGAAUCUGAGACGGAAUUGUAUUCAUAGAUGCAAGGGGGUGUGGAGGGAAGGAGAAAUUACUAGAGGCCUCAUGGUAGUGAAAAGGUUAAGAACCAGUGGUCUAAGUGCUAGAUGAAUAUUUUUGUCAGUUUUAUGCAAAAUAGGAAUUUAUUAUAUAGGUUUACAUUUAUGAUUUUAUUGUCCCAUGAUUUGAAUCUAAAAUUUCUUCAUUAUUACCAUAUUCAUGAUUCUCUCUCUCUCUCUCUCUCUCUCUCUCUCUCUCUCUCUCUCUCUCUCUCUCUCUCUCUCUCUCUCUCUCUCUCUCUCUCUCUCUCUCUCUCUCUCUCUCUCUAAUUAUAUUGUCUUCUUAAUACUUGAGGAUGAUUCAGUGUAGUGGCAGACUUUUAAAUAGUAACUACAGAUCUUUGCAUUUUAUAUACUUAUGUAUGCUUUUACAAUUUUAUCAAGUUAUGUAGAAAUAACAUGUCUAGUCUAUAGGAUAUUUAUUUUGUGCUGGUUUUUCAACUGCAUAUUUCUAUUCAUUGUGAUUCCUUGUGUUUUUUUUUUACCUCAAGCACCCAUUUAGAGAAAUAUUUUAGGAUGACUCAUAGUGAAUAUGUGCAAAGUAUGCAAAUUCCACUCUUCACACACAUUUUUUUUUUCUCUGCUACAUCAUGCAGUUAAUGAACUAUGCAUCAAUGUAACAAGUUCUAGAAUGCUUAUUUCCUCAAAUUAGGAGUCAACAGUCUGUAAAUCAAAUCAUAUGUGUCUUAAACAUUUGAAUUAUGACAGCAGUCAUUGAGGACCUAUACUUAUAUUAAGUUGUGUGUGUGUGUGUGUUUGUUUGUGUUUUGCAUGUGUACAAAGUAUGUGAUUGACGAAAAAAGGCUGACUAGUGGUAUACUGUGAUUGCAUUUAUUGACACCUCAUGAAAUCUAUUAUAUGUUGCAGCUACCUGGUCUUUUAUAGGCAGCAUUUUUUUGCAGAGAAUUUUGUAUUUAGAUUUAUUUAUUUUUUCUCACAUUUUGCACACCUGUAAGAGCCAUCAGGUGUAUUUUAGCCAAUAUGUACACUGAGUGGCUUUAAAUUACUCAAUCAAAAACAAAAAAAUGCCUACCAGUGCACUCAAGAUAAAAUAUGAAAUAAAAAAAUAAAAAAAUCCUGGAAGUGUCAGACUUAUUUCAGGCUGGACUUAAUUAUGAGUUUACUGUAAUGUCUUAUUUGUUGCAGCAAAAUCUGAAUACUUGCUCAGCUGUACAGAUUAUUGUAGAUUUUGUAAAUGCAUUAAACUAUAUUGUAAUGAAAAUCCUGAUGCAUAGAUGGAAGAUUCCCUAUUGUAUAAUUAUUAUUUAUUUAUUUAUUUUAUUUAUUUAUUUAUUAUUAUUAUUAUUAUUAUUAUUAUUAUUAUUUAUUUAUUUAUUUAUUUUAUUUAUUUUUUUUUUUUUCUAUGUUGGCAGAUGAUGUUUGAAAUGGUCAUUUUGCUGCAGUUCAGGUUUUUUAGCAUUUAGAAUGGAAGAUUAUGUCAUUAUUGAUAUUGUGUCAUAUCAUAUCAGUUUCCUUUGUUUGAAAAUAACAAGCACUGUUGUAUGAGAUGAUGAAGGAAUGUGAUAUUUGGCAACUAAUGGCAUGAUAUUUCUCUUAUUAUUCUUGCAAGUAGCAGUUCUAGUGUAAAUAGGUUAUAAGAAAUAACAUUACCAAUAUCUUACACAUUCCCAGCAUGGUAUGUAGUCUGAGGAGUUACCGUGCAAAACACUAUAUAUACUGUAGUUGAUGGCAGUGAUAAUAGCUGUAUUAUAGUAUUUAUUUAUGACACCCACACCACACUAUUUUGUCACUCCAAUAUCUUUGCAACUUGAUAGGUCUGAAAUAAUGUAAAUAUUAUCAGUUCAUCUAAAUCUAAUCAGAAUUAUUAAGGAGGACAUGUAUGAGUUCUCAGAUACUUGCCAUUCAUUUUGGGGGUUUCAGGAAGUUAUACAGUGCUUUCACUGAAUUUAGAUAUAUCUGAGGUCUCAGAAAUAUGUGUGUCAUUGGAUUUAGGCAUCCUAGAGAUAUGAAUGUUAUUGUUUUUUAUCCCCAUUCUUACUUCUAAAUGAAGCAAAAAUCCACUGAUACCCAACUUAGAAGAAAUAGAAGUUUUCAAUAAACAGCUUUUUAAAAUAUCUAUUCUUCCCUUCACUUAUGAGCCUUGAGUCAUGAUAGGCAAGAAAAAGAAAGCAGCUAACCUCUCUUUUAUUGUAUCUUCAGCACAUAUUUGUAGUAUAGAGUAAGAACCUUGAUUUGAAGAAAAGCCUUAUAGGUUAUUUUAUUUUUAAUGCAGCUUUGUAACUUUUCUUGUAUUCCAUGCUUUAAAGUAGUGUAUGUUGCUGCCUUUGCAUUCUUUAAGUUUCCUUCUCAAUUUCACAAAUGUUCCCUCACAAGUUAACAUUUCACCACCAAGCAUAUUCUUUUCAUGACUAUACACUUAGGAAAAUUAUCUGCUCUUAUAUGUUCUGUCACUUACAUUGUUGAAUCUGUCACUGUGUUUGUAUAAUACCAUUCCUGUCACUCUGUGUGAAAAUGUUAAUUUUCUUCUUGUUACCUUAACCUUUUUACCUUGUCCUCUUAAUGCUGAAGCUAUCUUAACCAUAGUAGUGAUGGUGUCAGGACUAUACCCUUGCUGUUUUAAUAAUCAUUAUCAUCAAGGAGCUUUAUGCAAGAUCUGAUCAAACUAAAAACCUUUCCUUCAUAUUAUUACUAUACAAUUAAACUCUCUCUCUCUCUCUCUCUCUCUCUCUCUCUCUCUCUCUCUCUCUCUCUCUCUCUCUCUCUCUCUCUCUCUCUCUCUCUCUCUCUCUCUCUCUCUCUCUCUCUCUCUUUCUGCAUACUUUACAUUUUUUAUUACACAUAUCUUUCAUAUCUACAUAUAUUAUAUUAUUUUAUGAUCAGUUAACCCAUAAACUGCAACAUCAUGUAAUGAACAGGAUUUAACUGUAACUUACAUCACAUGAUGUAAAAACUAUUUUCAAACUAGGGAAUCUAUAUUUCCCUCCCGUAGGUCUUAAAAUGAAGUUUGGCAUCUGAGGGUGAGUCCAUGCCCCAUACAUUAUUAGAAAUCAGUGCUUGUGCCUUGACAUUACAGUAGAAGAAACUUUUACUCUAGGCUACAUGAAAAUACUGUAGCCUACUUUAUAAGUAAAAAUAGAUUAUCAUGGAUUUUAAGUAAAUAUCCUGUUGUGUAAUAGUAUACAAAUAUUUGUCCAUCAGCUCUCUCACUACCACAGCUAUCCAUGAGUUCACUAAAACAUUUGCUCUGUGUUCACCCACUAGCUCUAUGCUACUUAACUACACCACCAUCUCUGAACUAAUGUCUUUAAUGAACUAGUACUAUUUGGUUUUCUUACAUUACUUUUCCAUGUAAUCUUUCAUCUUAUAACAUUGAAAAAACUUUUGAGACAUUUUAAUGUCAAUAAUGUUCACCACUGGUAUGACUGCCAAAUACUAUUGCACAGUUUAUGGGUUAAUGAUGCCAUUCCAUACAGGUCCGUAUUCAUUGUCAUGUGUAAACUGAAUCAAUGACUCAUAAUAGAACCACUUUCAUAAGAACUUUUAUAACCAACCAAUCUCUGAUCGUUUGUGUAGGUACAUACACAUACUUUUUUCCCAAUUAAUGCCAUGUCAGUGAUACUCAUUUAAGUUAGUGUUAUGGGGACAAAAACUGGUUAUCCACUCAUCAGCUGGAUUGGAAGAAUACUGUUACUGCAUCUUACAUUAUAAAAGUCAGCUGAAAGGGAUAGAGCAAGAAUACUGGGAUCCCUUCCUCUGUAUUCUGUUCCCACUUGAGACAAGGCAUGAAAUCUUGCUUCAAUCUUCCCCUUUUAAGGAUGAUCUCAGCCUGGAUAGAUAGACAUAGUAAUGCUUAUUUUCACAAUACUUAUAGGAUGUACAGGUGAAAAAAUUGGUGCCAUAACACUUAUGUCAUGUCUAAUUACCUCCUUUUUGGAGUGCAGUGUUAACUAUUUCUGAUUUAUUUUGCAGUGUCACGUACUAUAACUCUUUCACACUCGGAUAUAAGUUUUGUGGCCUGUUCACAAAACACACACACACAUGCACUGAGAAUGAGAAUCUUAUCUUCAUCAAGAGUUCAGAGAUCAAGAAAAUAUUUUGUGUAUAGUUUUCAAGUACUCGUAACAUUAUUAACAUUAUCUCUCUCUGUAUGAUGUAUUAACAUUUUUUUUUAAGUUAGUCCAUCAUAAAUCAAUAUCACAGAUGACAUUACUGUAUAACAUAUUUAUGUUUUUAGUUAUGCAUUUUUCACAUGAAGUAUAUACAACAUUUUAGAUGAUCAGCUCUUUGGAAUAUGACAUCAUCUUAUUAUAAUAUGAGAUAUAUGUGGGUGUUCCAAAGUUUGUCAGGUUCCACUAGAUUAGGAUGGUAUUAUUCUCUUGAUGGGCUGUGACGUCAUAACUCCUUUGCUUCCAUCUCAUACCUAAUAUUUGGUAAAUGAACAUGAGUUACAGUAAGAAUGGAUAUAAAGAUAAAAUGUUUUUUGCUUGAUCAAAAUCAAACUGCAAUCUUUUUAUCUCUUAUCUGUGAGCCAAGUAUGCCAACUACCAUAUUACCGAACUACAGUAGUAGUGAUUUCACUCUUCUAAUGUCCCUUAGAUAUCAGUUUGGUUUUAAAUCAUUAUCUACAUGUACUUUUUUUUUUUUUUUUUUUUUUUUUUUUUCCCUCAUUUCUGAUUUGUUGCAAAUAUAAGGUUUCUAGAGUUCUCUUUAUGUCAAGUCUUGCAUCAGUAUGGACUGCCAGGGUUAGGGCAUGUAAGGAUGUAGCUUGGUGGUUCCAUAAAGUGCAUACAAGUUUUAGUUCAUGGAGCAAAACCAAAUAACUUCUACCUAAAAGCUGAUCACUGCUAGUGGAGGCUGAAAAUUCAAAUGUAGCAAUUGUGAUACUAUGUGUCAUCUGUCCUUUUUAUACUGUCAUAUCUACCAUAUGUAGAAACUUACAGUGUGCUAAUUUGUUAGACAUAAUGUGACCAAGCAUCUUGUCACUUUUAUCACUUUUUUUGUGCUGUAUAUUUUAUAUGUUACAUUAAAGACACACGCAUGCAAGUGUACACACACACACACACACACACAUUUUUCAGUUUUUGCUUCAACUGAAGACAGCUACAUCAUAGGAAUAUAUAGUAGUUAAUCUAGCAUUAUAGCCUUUAUAAAAGUAUUCUUUGUAUGAUACUGGUACAAGGAUCUUAGUAAUGUAACUUUUUAGACCACGCCAGUUUGUAUUUAAUAAUUUCUCAUGUUCUUAUGCACUCAUAUGUUGAUCAGUUUUUAUAAUUGGAUAUAAUCUCCAGAUUGAUUGAAGUUUAAUUAUUAAACUUGUUUUUAUUUUCAGUAAGAAAGAAUGUUUUAAUUCAUGUUGGUAUUGAAGAUUGUCCAGCUCACAUAAUGAUACUCACAUUGUUUAAUUAUGGAUUGUACAUUCCAUAAAAAAGACAAAUGAUAAUGAAUGCAUAUCUGCUUUCACUGAUAUGUAUAAAUAUCUGGUAUGUAUGAGACAGACAAAACAUUAGAGUAAGAGGUGCAUAUUUUCACUCCGUUAUUUAUAAACACAAUUGUCGAGAAAAUCAUUCCAUUUUCCAAAGACGCAGGUUACCGUUUUUUUCCUCCCUUGCCAAUGUGUGAAUUGCCUGUUGUGUACCUUAUGCUUUGACUCACAUCCAAAACAAAUCCUGCCAAGCAGUCUAUUAUACCCCCCCCCUCUCUCUCUCUCUCUCUCUCUCUCUCUCUCUCUCUCUCUCUCUCUCUCUCUCUCUCUCUCUCAAAUUAUUUUUGUGUUAGGAAGUGUCAAAACAGCCUCAGAUAUAGGCUGAUUUAAUGCCAAGCUAGGUUCUUCAGGCAAGGUACCAUGUCCAAUUUGGUUAGAAUUUAAUGUAAGGUGAUUUUGUACUUCCAUGUCAAUGUACAGAGGACAAGCAUACAGUUACUAUGCAUAUAUGUAUAUGUUUCCAUAAAAGUAACUUAUUACAUACUUUAAUGGCUAAAGUAUGUUUGUGCAUGUAUAUAGUCUUUGUACAUAUUUUUGAAGAGGUUCCAACUAUUUUAAAUACAAUAAAAGUUUCUGAUAGCUA